UUAUUCCAUUCUAUUCCAUUCAUUUCGAUUCAAGCAGUCACGACGUUACGACAUUAUGAAGUACUUUGCAAUUUUUAUCGUACUGGGCUUUAUUGGAUUCUCUAUUUCUGAAGUGAUACAAAGUCGAAAUUGCGAAUAUCCUGAAGGGACAGUAAUAAACUGCACAGUACACGAAGUGCGCGUCGAUCCUUGCAAAGAAGCCGAUCAAGGAAAACCAUGUCGCAUUAAACGAGGACAAAACGCCAGUAUUUCAUUCGAUUACACAGCAAACUUUGAGGGAAACAGUUUGGAAAGUCGCGCUUACUGGGCUAGUCAGGUGAUCGAUCUACCUUUUGUCGGGAUGGAAACCAACGCCUGCGCGACGACCGUUUGUCCCGUUCAACCAGGACAAAAGCAAACUUACGAUAUUAGUCUUCCUAUCUUAAAAUCAUUCCCAGCUAGAACCUAUGACGUUAAAUGGAAGUUAUGGAAUCCUCAGCAACAGGAAUGCUGCUUCAUUUUCCAAAUUAAAUUACAUAAAUAAAAUUUUUUUUUAUUUAA